CAGCCAACGGCCCAUUGACAUCCAACUGAAAAGGAUCAAACACGACAUGCUGCCUGACGUUCGUCGUCAUAAAAGACAUGGAUUCUGACGCGGAACCCGAAGCAGAACAUUGCCAAUAACUAACCAGAGUGAAAUUGUCUCUGCAUCUUCAGGACAGUACGGACAACUCCCUUCCGUCCUGACGCUCUAUUGUCACGCUGUCUAUUGUCCAGUCAUUCUCUCCAGGGAUAAUAUGGCGUCUACACUCGUUCUUCUCCUACUAUCCUUUCUCGCCUCCGUGGCCCUUGCGCCUCUUGCGUUUCGGUAUAGUGGAAAGGUCUUGGGGUUGUGUAUUCGCGCCAGGAGCACCGAUCGUCGCAACAUCCUCCUCGAAGCCUCUCAGUCUACGGAGGGGCAGACUGCCAUACAUCUCGAGAAGCCUGCACUACGUGACGAAGACGAAGAUGGGGAUUGGGAACAGGUCGGCAGUAUAGAGCUCCCAGCUGUCGAGAAUGGGAAGCCCGCAGGAAAGGAUUGGAGAGGCGUGAUCGGAUUCUUCCAUCCGUUCUGCAAUGCUGGCGGAGGUGGAGAACGAGUCCUUUGGGCGGCGAUCCGUGCAACCCGAAUACGAUACCCUUCGGCCGUCCUAGUUAUAUACACAGGCGACCACGGUGCCACCAAAUCCGCGAUCCUAUCCCGAGUUCAGGAGCGUUUCAACAUCGACCUCGAACCUACGAACCUCCAUUUCCUCUACCUCUCGACGCGGCACUAUGUCCUGGCGAGCACAUGGCCGCACUUCACGCUUCUCGGGCAGAGUAUCGGCAGCCUCGUGCUUGCGCUGGACGCAUUUUCUCUCCUGGUCCCGGACAUCUUCGUGGACACAAUGGGAUAUGCUUUCGCGGUCGCAUUAAGCAAGUGGCUGUUCCCCGAUGUUCCUACGGGCGCUUAUGUGCACUAUCCGACGAUAUCGACGGAUAUGCUAGACAGCCUCACUCCGUCAAGUACCGCCCAAGACCAUAGGGGCGUCAAUGCCGGCGCCGGGACUGGCGCGAAGGGACUCGCGAAACGAAAGUACUGGGAAUUGUUCGCCAAGCUAUACAGCAGAAUGGGCGGGGAGGUGGACGCGGUAAUGACCAACUCUAGCUGGACCCAGGCACACAUUCAGACCCUCUGGGGUUCUCGUCGGAAGAAGCUGCGACGAAACAAUCCUAUAUCGGUCGUAUACCCGCCCGUCGCUGUCGAGGAACUGGAGCAGGAGAUCAUCGUGUCCCGAGACACCGAAUCGAACCGAAAACCCUAUCUACUUUACAUCGCGCAGUUCCGCCCAGAGAAGAACCAUGAGCUGAUCCUGGAAGCCUUUGCUUCGUUCUUGAAAGAAUCUCAACCACCUCCGAACCCAACCGUCCCCCACCUUCUCCUGCUCGGCUCUGUCCGCUCAGACGCCGAUAGCACACGCGUGUACAACCUCCGGCUCCUCACCCACGAACUCCGCCUGACAGAACACGUCACAUUCCUCUGCGACGCCUCCUGGCCAGAAGUCCUCCAGUAUCUCGGCUCUAGCACAGUCGGCGUGAACGGCAUGUGGAACGAGCAUUUCGGCAUCGGCGUCGUGGAAUACCAAGCCGCCGGGCUAAUUUCCGUGGUCAACGCUAGCGGCGGCCCGAAGAAUGAUAUCGUCGUCGACGUGACAGGCGGGUCGACUGAGGACGGCGGCGCGGGCCGGACGGGAUUUCAUGCGAGCACGGCGGCGGAAUACCAGGAGGCGUUCAUGUCGGCGAUGGAACUGCCGGACGGGGAGAAGGUAAAGAUGCGGCUACGGGCGAGGAGGAAUGCGAGGCGGUUUUCGGAGGCGGAGUUCAGCGGGAAGUGGCUGGACCAUCUUGCGAUGUUGGUUGAUAUGCGUAGGCGGAAGGGAUGA